AGAUUAUAAUCAAGCUCAACGGUUCCCAAUGCUUUCUGCUCUGCGGACAUCACUGGCAGGGCAGUCUUCGCAAGCAAUAUGUCGCAGGCGAAUGGCGACAAUUGCGCCCACCUUGGUUCAAUCAAAGCCGACUAUUUCUUCACAAAGCAAACACACAACUCGCAAAGCUACUGGUCCAAUCAAACCGGUGUAUUUGACAUUGUCGAGUUUUACUGCCAAGUCGAAUAGUGCCAAGAAAGCUGUUGCUCUGGACCCGACGGUGUUCGACCAUCCUAUCCGGCGAGAUAUUCUGCAUCUUUGCGUCGUGCACCACCUUGAUUCUCUUCGCCAAGGAACCGCUUCUACUAAGACGCGAGCUGAGGUCGCCGGUUCGCGUCGCAAAAUUCGUCCACAGAAGGGAAGCGGCAGAGCUCGCCUGGGAGACCGGCAGAGUCCGAUGUUGAGAGGUGGAGGUGUCGCUUUUGGUCCCAAGCCGCGAGAUUUCAGCACGAAACUUAAUCGCAAAGUUAUUCAGAUGGGCAUGCGCGUGGCUUUGACGAUGAAGCUCCGGGAACAACGACUGGGUGUCUUGCAGCGGAUUAACUGGUGGUCACACAAGACUGCUACCCUCAGCUCAAGGUUAGCCGGACUCGGAUGGAGAACUGGUACCUUGUUUGUCACCGGAGAAUCCGAGGUACCGGCAAGAAUGAGGUUGGCAUCGAGGAACCUUCGUGGGAUAGAGUGCAAAACUGUAGCAGACUUGGUGGUUUAUGACAUUGUGAAGUGGAGAAGGGUUGUACUUGACCUCGCCGCUGUCGACACGCUGGAGCGAGCGCUCGGAAAGGGCUUGUUGGGAAUUGCGGAUUCGAAUAGGGUGGUUUCUGAUGUUGCGCACUCAUCUGUGGAGGGUGUUGAGACAUCCACUUAGACUCAUAAUAUAUUUUAUUCUGGGCAUAUCAAGU